AUGCAUCUCGCUGUUGUCCUCACUCCCCCUCUGCUGAUUCUCCGCCUGCCUCUCCGCCCCUCACUCGUCUCCCCUCCAGAGUUCUCCGACGCGUUUCGGGAGCUGUCCUCGUUUGUGGCGGGCGCGUUUGGUGCUAUAGAGGACGGGAACGUGGGCGAGGUGUUCCAACACGUAGCUGUGGUAGAGGACCGCAUCGGACAGCUCUUCCAUUACUAUGCCAUGCAUCUAGCACAGGCCAUAGCAGAGCCUACAGAGUCCUUGCUCGUGGAAAUACACCAAGUGGAGGAGACAAGAAAGCUGUACGAGGCAAAGAGGCGCACUUAUGCGGAAGCCAGAGCAGCAGCGCGCACCCAUGUACCAUCCCCUGCCACCACACGCAUUGGAUGCUCUGGGGGCGGGGGCGGGGGCGGGGGGGCGGGAGGGGGAGGGGGAGGAGGAGGGGGCGGAGCUAGUUCCGCAUCUGCAGCAGCAGCAGGCGGAGCAGGAGGGGGAGGAGGGUCGGCGGCAGUGGCGAGAGCAGCAACAGUUGGCGAGACAGACUGGGAAGGAGGGGCAGCGCGAGGCCGGGGCAGGCGAGAGCCAGAAGAAGGGGGGAGAGAUGAGGAGGAGGAAGAGGAGGAAAUGAGCGAGGAGGAGCGGGCAGCCAAGGAGGAAUUUGACGAAGUAGCCAUGACUCUCGGGUGCAGGAUACUUGCCUUAGAGCAGAGGCGGCCCAGGGCGUUACUCUCUCAGGUUGUGAGGCACCACGUGGCAAAGAGCCGGCUGCUGAGACGGUCUCAGCUGCAGCUGGGGCAGCUGGAUGGGAUCAUGGGGUAUCUUGUGGAGGAGCUGGGGAUGGGGCGUGCGGCGCUGCUUUGUAGCGUUGAUGAGGGUGACUAUGACGAGGAUGAUGACUGGGGGGGCGUGGGAGCAGGCAGUGUGGAGCAGGGCACCUCAUCCCCAACACACGUUCUCUACGCGUUUUGCAUCAACUCAAAGCUUCCUAUACUGUCCACCCUUCCACCUGUGCUGUGCCUGCAGAGCACCGCAUGUCAAGACACGUUCACCACGCUUCCGCCGCCCCCUACCUCCGCCCCCUUGCCCUCAGUUCCCACCUCCGCCCCCCUCCCCGCUCCCCCCACCUCCGCGCCCCUGCCUUCACCUCCUCCUGCCCACUCCACCCAACCCACCACCACCAGUAGCAGCAACACCACUAUCAUGUCUGCAGCUGUUGCUUCUGCAGCUGCUGCCGCUACUGCUUCGUUCGCUGCACACCCUUCUGUCACAGGACCUACCACUGUUCCAGGCCCAGGAGGAGCUGUAGUACCUGCUGCAGCAGCAUCAUUAUCAGGAUCAGGAUCAGCAGCAGCAGCAGCAGCAGCAGCUGCGGCGGCGACCGCGGCAGCAGUUGCACAGAGUGCAUCUAGAGGGAGAGGCAGGAGCAGCUACUCUGCCCCUUUGAGGCCCGUUGUACGCCCUGACGGCUCUGUCACGUCACGGCCCCUUCUACCCCGUAACAGCGCUGCUUCUGCUGCCACUCACGUUUCUGCUGCUCCUGCUGUUGGUGGUGGUGGUGCUACACCCACCGCUCCUGCAGCAGCUGCAGCAGUGGCAGCAGCAGCACCACUCCCUGGAGCAACUUUUUGUACGCCUUCCCUUGUCAGAGCUCCAGGCAGCACCCUAGGGAAUGCUUCAGGUAAUGCCCCAGGCGUCACAGGUUCUGCAGCUGCGUCUGGCGCCACUCCCUCCCCUGCACUCGUUGCUGGUGCUGCUGCCACUCCCACGCAUACAACACCUCCAGCUGCUACUGCUGCUGCUCCUGUGCUCCAAACACCAGUACUUUCAGCUGCAGUGGCAGCAGCAGCAGCGGGGGGUGGGGGUGGGUUGAGGGGGAGAGCAGCACACGUGGGUCCCUUUGCCAUGCAAAUGUCUGGCCCGCUGCCCCGCCCCUCUGCUGUUGAACAAGCUGUAACAGGAGCUGCUGCUGCUACCUCUGCCUCUGCUACAGCUACUGGUCCUGCUACAGGCGGUCCUGCAGGCCCCGGAGGUGGUUCGGCAGGUGGUCCGGCAGGUGGCUCGGCAGGUGGAGCAGGCGGAAGUGGGGGAGGGCGGUUCAGCUUUAGCUCUGUCAGCAGGGAAGGCCCAGCAGGUGGGUUGGCAGGAGGUCCUUCAGGUGGUUUGGCAGGGGGCUUCACAGCACCUGCCUUCUCAUCCAGCCUCCAGCAAGCGUACAUGAUGGGAGCCAUACCCUCCCAACCUCCUAUGCCUUCCCAAUCACCCAUGCCCUCUCAACCUGCUACGACCCUCACAGCUGCUCCUGUGUCUGGGUAUGCCUACGCUGGGGCAGCAGCAGGGGGAGCAGUGGGCAGCGGGGCAGGGUAUGGGAUGGAGCCGCAGCCUAGCUGGCAAGCUGGUGUGUCUGGAGCCGGUAUGAGGCCAACAGGGAUGGCAGCCGCAGCAGGAGCAACAGGCCUAGCAGUCCCGGCAGCAGUGUCGAUGGGACCUUCAACAGGAGUCCCAAUGGGAGUUCAAACGGGAGGCCUGGGUGUGGGUCAAAGCUAUCCGUCCCACCCAGCUUACGGUUUCAACACCAGCCCGAGUGCCGGAUUAGGGUUUGGGAGCGGUAGCAGCGGAUUAGGGUUUGGCGCCUCGCCUGUUUUCCAGGGUGGUUUACCCAGCAAGGCCCUGAGUGGACCCAUAGCCCGCAGCUCUUUCUACGGAGGCAGUGGUUUGUUCUCCUCAGCCGGCAUUCCAGGCCUGACCGGUGCUGGUGGCAGUGGUAGCAGCAGCGGCAGUGGUGGCGGCGGCAGUGGCGGUUUCAACAGCAGCGGCACAGGACACAUGCGGGGAGAGAGGCUGAUAAAAUCCGGCCCGAUUGGGCCGAGUAACAGCUACUAUGCGGCCAUGGCUGCUCCUGCGCUCUCCCCGCCCAAGGUCACAGAGUUAUAUGCCCUCCCGCCUCCACCUUUGGAGCUGAACUCGUCUCCUGGUAGAGUGGUUUCAGGGGGCACGGGGGGUGCUGGUAGCGGUGUGGGCAGCGGUGGGAGUGAGGGGAAGGUCCUGCGGUCCCCUGGGGCCAAGGAGGGUUCGACAGUGGGAGCGGUGGCUGGUGGGGGGGGAAAUGGUGGUGGCGGGGUGGGUGGAGCAGCAUUGGAUGUGAAAGGGGAGAGGCAGGAGAGGGAGGUGGUUCCUUUGUCCUCUUUGUCAUUGUCAUCCACACCAGCCCAGUCCCUGUGCUCCAUGCACAGCCCUCUGCAGCGCCUCGUGGCCUCGCCCUUCACUCCCCCCAUGCCAGUUUUUCUCAUGCACCAAACAAUCACUUUUCCUGCCCUUCUCCUUCCCCUUGCCCCCCCUCACUCCUCCUUGCCUGUGCUGUGCAGUCCCUGUGUUCCAUAG